AUGGCGGCGCCCUCAGCCCCGCGGCCGCCCCGGCCCCGCAAGGAGCCGCAGCCGCUCGUCAUCCCGCGGAGCGCCGCCGAGGAGCAGCGCCUCCGCCUCGAGCGGCUCAUGAGGAACCCGGAAAAGACUGUACCAAUUCCUGAAAAACUGAAUGAAUGGGCACCACGACCUCCCCCGGAGUUCGUUAGAGAUGUGAUGGGUUCCAGUGCUGGAGCUGGGAGUGGGGAGUUUCAUGUGUACCGACACCUUCGUCGGCGAGAAUACCAGAGGCAAGAUUUCAUGGAUGCCAUGGCUGAGAAGCAAAGACUAGAUGAGGAAUUCCAGAAGAAACUGGAGAGGAAUAAGAUGAUUGCAGAAGAACAAACAGCAAAACGCAGAAGGAAGCGCCAGAAGUUAAAAGAGAAGAAACUGCAAGCUAAGAAGAAUAAACUUGAACAAAAGAAGCAGGGAAAAGAACCUGAUCAAUCUCAAGAGCGAGUCAGCAGCGACGAUGAUGAAGAGGAUAGCAAAGAGGAGGAAGAGAAGGAAGACGAUGCUGAAGAGCCAAGUUUUGUGAUGGGAAGAGGAUGAGGCCUUUCAGGGACAGCUGGAAACACUGUUCAUUGCUUUAUAUUCAGGAGCAUGAAAGUCUUUCAUCUCAGCCAAGCAGAACCCAUUGGCAUACGUUAUAUCUGCUUAACGGUGAAUGACCUUCACGUCACAGGCCCAAGAGAUAUUGAUAGAGAAAUGCCAAAUAAGAGAUUUUUUCUUAAUUGCUUGUAUAACUGCUGUGCAGUCUGCUCUAAGUUUGCUCUAAAGAGUCAGCCAUAAGUCUCUGUGACCCUAGAGUUCUUUCUAACAUGGCCCAGAGUGUUUUUCUGCCUGAAAGCUAAAACAUAUCCAUUACCAUUUAAGGAAAAUAUUACUGUGAGGGCUACGUAUUCUACUUAUGUCGAAGCUGGUAGCAGUGGGAUACAUGAAUCUAAGGAAGAGUUUAACCUAAAGUAGAAAAGUGGUCUGUAGCCAGACUCUCCUGCACUGUGAGUGUUCUGAAUUUGGGGUUUUGUAUGGGGUCAUCUCUAACCCAAAGAAAUCAGUUUAUGUUGCUAGACAAGUUCUAUAGAUUUUUAAGCAGGAUCCCUUUUUUAUUGCUAAAACUUUCCCUAUUACUUUUCUUCCAUGUUUUUUAAAUGAAUAAAGGGGAUGUGUUGGAUU